AAAAUCAAACAAAUCUCUUCACACACUCUCUUUCUCUUUCACCUUCAAACCACUGUUUCUUCUUGCCUAUAAUUCCCCAAGUCUAAACAAACUUUUCACCAACCAAAAAGCUUAACUAACAGAGCAAAAAGCAUAACAUUUCUCUCAACAUGCCACCAAUGGUCCAGAGCUUUGACCCUGAGGACCUCUUCACACGUCGCUGCAUAUGGGUGAAUGGACCUGUCAUAGUUGGUGCUGGUCCUUCAGGCCUUGCGGUGGCUUCUGGCCUAAAAGACCAAGGUGUUCCUUUCAUCAUCCUUGAAAGAGCAAAUUGCAUUGCCUCACUCUGGCAAAACAGAACCUAUGAUCGCCUCAAGCUUCACCUUCCCAAACAAUUCUGCCAGCUACCCAAUUUCCCUUUUCCUGAGGACUUUCCUGAGUACCCCACAAAGUUUCAGUUCAUAAAGUACCUUGAAUCCUAUGCUAAGCACUUUAACAUUAACCCACAGUUCAAUGAAACAGUGCAAUCUGCUAAGUAUGAUGAGACUUUUGGUCUUUGGAGGGUCAAGACCAUUAGGAAAAGCACCAACACCCCCUCAGGUGGUGGUGGUAGUGAAAUUGAGUACAUUUGCAGGUGGCUUGUGGUUGCGACCGGAGAGAAUUCAGAGAAAGUGGUGCCUGAGUUCGAAGGCUUGGACAAAUUUGGUGGCCAUGUCAUGCAUGCCUGUGACUACAAAUCAGGCGAGAAGCAUAAGGGUCAGCAAGUACUUGUUGUUGGGUGUGGAAACUCAGGCAUGGAAGUUUCCCUUGAUCUUUGUAAUUACAAUGCAAGCCCAACAAUGGUGGUCAGAAGCUCGGUUCAUGUCUUGCCAAGAGAGGUUUAUGGCAAAUCAACUUUUGAGGUUGCAGUUAUGCUGAUGAAAAGGUUUCCACUUUGGAUGGUUGAUAAGAUAUUGCUAAUUCUAGCCCGUUUGAUUCUGGGAAAUAUUGAGAAGUAUGGUCUUAAAAGGCCAUCAAUUGGCCCUAUAGAGCUGAAGAACACUGCAGGGAAGACCCCUGUGUUGGACAUUGGGGCACUUGAGAAAAUAAGAUCUGGCCAAAUCAAAGUGGUUCCUGGAAUCAGAAGAUUCUUCCAAGGGAAAGUGGAACUUGUUGAUGGCAAAGUUCUUCAGAUUGAUUCUGUUGUUCUUGCUACUGGCUAUCGCAGCAAUGUACCAUCAUGGCUAAAGGAGAAUGAUUUCUUUUCAGAGGAUGGGAUUCCAAAAGAUCCAUUCCCAAAUGGAUGGAAAGGAAAAGCUGGUCUUUAUGCUGUUGGUUUCACAAGGAGAGGCCUUUCUGGUGCAUCUUUGGAUGCAAUGAGUGUGUCUCAUGACAUUGCCAAGAGCUGGAAAGAGGAAACUAAACAGAAAAAGAAAACAAUGGCAGCACGCCACAGGAGAUGCAUAUCACACUUCUAAUUAAAGAGACCACUUUGACAACAAAGUUCAUUUGUUUAUUAGCUUCUUUUGCUUGGUCAUUCCUGAUCAUAUCCAUCCUAAUAUGAAAAGAGAUGAUGAUCAGUUAGCAAAUAAUGUGUAGACAUUAGGUUUUCACUUCGUGCGAGCAUUCGCGGCGAGGGAUUAAUCAUUGCAGUUGGUGGUGGUUACUCUAGUGUGCAAAAAAGAAAGAAAGAAAAUAAUGUGUAGAGUUCCUUGAUACAAAGUAGCACACAAAAAAAAGAAAUAGCCCUCUCCUUAAGAAAACUCACUGUUUGAAAAUUAUUUGGCUUUAAUUUUUAAUUUUUGUACAAAGGAAGAUGAGGCUUAUUUGUUUAUGUUUUUUUAGUUGCAAGGAAUGUACCAAUGUAAUAUAUUGUUUCACACUCCAAUGAAUGUUGUAUCACAAAUUUUUUGUUUUAAUAAUGAAGUCAAUCUCUCUCUCUCUUCUCUUCUCUAA